GCUGCAUUUUGUCGGAUUCCACCACUAGAGCUCCCCUGGCGGCUCACCUGCUCCGCACCGCCCGCCUGUCUGUGUUUACCUCUCAUUCCCAGCGCUGCUGUGGCGGUGGCAAGCUGGGCACAAACCACAAUACCCACCUUGGAGCUCGGGAAAUAUUACUCUAAGCCGCCUGGACCCCUGUCAUUUUGGGAUUUUCUGCUACGUCGUGCGUCCCUGCCACUGUGGCGAAGUUGAGAUGAACAAGGAAAUCAUGUCCCGCGUGGUGAGGAAGAGGCAGGCGGAUCCUAAGGUGGUUCAGUACGUUUGGGCGGCCAUUGAAGUCAUACGCAACCAGAAACAAAUUGCUAACAUGGACAGGAUCUCCAAGUAUCUAAGUCGUGUGUUUGGAAUGCAUCCAAAGGAGACAGCCAGACAGCUGAGCCUGGCAGUGAAGGAUGGCUUGGUGGUGGAGACCCUCACUGUCGGCUGCAAGGGCUCUAAGGCCGGCAUCGAGCAGGAGGGUUACUGGCUGCCUGGAGACGAGAUGGAGCCGAAAGCCGAGGGAAGCAAGGACUGGGAGACGGAGAGCCAUGACUGGUACUGCAUGGAGUGUCACCUCCCGGGCGACGUCCUCCCGUGUGACAACUGCUUCCGGGUUUACCACCUCAAGUGUCUGUCGGAGGAGUGCAAACCCCGAGACGGGGGCUCACACUGGCAGUGCGUUGUGUGCAGGGGGAGUAAAAAGAAGAACCUGAACAAACAGGAGAUGUGUAAAUACCUGCGCUUCAUUAUCCAGCGUAUGAAGGAGAGGGCAGUGGACCUGAACAAAAAGGGCAAAGACACUAAACACCCCAUGUACAGACGACUGAUCCACACAGCAGUGGAGGUCACCAACAUCCAAGAGAACUUGUCUGAAGGAAAAUACAAAAGCUUCGAUGAGUUCAAAGCAGACGUUCAGCUGAUUGUUCACAACACGUCCAUCCUGUUUGGAGUUCACAGCGACCAGGCAGAGAUCGCACGGCUGCUUUUCAGCGACACGUGUCAUGAGUUGAACGAGUUGUUGUUGUGUAAGAACUGUUUCUACCUGUCCAACGCCCGACCCGACAACUGGUUCUGUUAUCCCUGUAGUCCCAGUCACGACUUGGUCUGGGCAAAGAUGAAGGGGUUUGGCUACUGGCCAGCCAAAGUCCUUCAGAGGGAGGACAACCAGGUGGACGUUCGCUUCUUUGGACACCAGCACCAGAGAGCAUGGAUCCCUGCAGACAACAUCCAGGACAUCAAGGUGAGCAUCCAGCAGCUGCAGGUGAAGCGCAGUAGUGGCUGGAAGAAGGCCUGUGAGGAGCUGGAGGUGUACCAGCGCUUCCUGAGGGAGGGGCGCUUCUGGAAAACAAAGAUGGAGGAAAGCCCCCAGCUGCACCAGCAGAACCAUCGGCAGCAUCAGGAGGAGCCCAGGCUGGAGAGGACAGAAGAAGCUGAGUCCAGCAUCUCCUCCACCAGCAAUGAGCAGGUCCGCCAUAUGAAAAUCAGCCUGGAGCCCAAAGCGAAGAAAAGCCGUCGGACUCAAAUAGUUGAGCCUAAAGAGGAAGCCAGUGUACGUGACCCGGAGCCUGAGAUGGAGGCGGUCAGCUCCAGCCAGGAGAUCCCUGUGUCAUCAGCUCUUCAGCAGCCUGAGAAGCUGUCCGUGUCCACGCAGACCAAGAAGGCCAGCGGGGGGUCGCCGCGCAUGCUGCACCGCAGCACUCAGACCAACAGCGACGGCGCCUGCCAGAACAUGUGCCACGAGAAGUACACCAAGGUUUUUAACGAUGUCAAGGAGAUGAUGAAGGCCGACAACAAGAGGGAGACGGAGCGGGUGGUCCGAGAAGCUCUGGAGAAGCUGCGUGCUGAGAUGGAGGAGGAGAAGCGGCAGGCGGUGAGCAAGGCGGUGUCUGGAGUGCAGGUGGAGAUGGAGAGGAAGUGUAAACAGGUGAAGGAGAAGUGUAAAGAGGAGCUGGUGGAGGAGGUGAAGAAGCUGGUGGCUCAACACAAGCAGCUCAUCUCCCAGACCAAGAAGAAGCAGUGGUGUUACAACUGUGAAGAGGAGGCCAUGUACCACUGCUGCUGGAACACCUCCUACUGCUCCAUCAAGUGUCAGCAGGAGCACUGGCACGCCGACCACAAACGAACCUGCCGCAGGAAGAGAUGAACAAGCCCCGCCCAUUUCUAACCGCUUCCAACUCCUGAUUGGUUCUCAGCUUCCCCCUCUUGUCUAUGUCCAACACACACACAGAAUUCUCCUCCCCUCGCCUUCCCGAAGGGUUCUGCGUCACAGCGAGACAAUUCCUGUUAUUUAAUGUAGCUUUUGUUUAUGUUUGUUUUCUGGUUUGUUUUCUCGAGAGCGUGGCUCCGACCCGAGUUGUGGUGAUGAUCUACAUUUUUAACUCGUAUGUUUUCUUUACUGAAGUGCUGAUUUUGUUAUUUAAGUGUAGAAACACGACGUGAGUAUUGCUCAAAAACAUUUUAUUACCUGAACUUUUUACUGUAAAUGCAGCAAGCCUGUUUAAAUACCAACACAAUAAAAUGACUGUCGCAGAUUUUACGACUUUAAAGUCUUACACCUUUUUGCUCUCCGUAAACGGAUUGGGGUGAAUAGAACCGUGAUGAUUUCUGCCUGAGUCUGUUAGCUUGUCGUCACUGGGAACAGGGUCUUUUCACAAGUCUCAGUUAAAAUUAGAUGUUUCCUUAAAGUUAAUUUUGGAGUUUAUUUUAUUUUUUAGCUAUUGAAAUCCCUCCCCCAAAAAUCCAGGUUUUAUUCCAGAUUUGACCUGAGAAGCUCGUUGAUGUUGCGAAACACUCAGAAUUCUUGGUUUGUGUUUAGAGUCUGAAGAAGUGAAGCUGCUGCUGUUUUGGUUUGUUUCUCAUCGUCUAAAUCCCUCUUCAGCAUCGUGAACAUUUCCAUCAUCAGUGAAACAAAACCAGAAGCUUUCUGGUGCGACUGGAGAGCCAAUCAGAACAAAAUCCAAAAGGAUGUUCCUUUCCCCGUUUGUUUUAUAAUGGAGGCAAUCAAAUUGCCUGCUUGUUUUUGUUUUACAGUUCUGUGUAAACCGUUCUCGCUCCUUCUGUCUAUGCUUUCUCCACAGAGAUUUGAUGAAUUUUCUGUGAAUGUUUCCUAAACUGGAAGAACUUUUCUUCUCGGUGGGAAUGAAAACUCGAUGUGUCCUUUAAUCUGAGCUUCGUGUGUCUGACUCCACCCUCAUGGCAACAUUGAUGCUAGAUUAUUCAAGCCUAAAUCCAGUUUUUAGAAACAGGCUCGUCCCUCUCUGCUGUGCUUCAGCUCGGCCUCCAGCAUCGCCCCCACCAGAGGACACACACACCCAUACGUUUGCUACCAAACAGUUUUUAUCGUCCGUCAUCGUCUUUCUGGAUAAUGUUGGUAAUUCAAGGAGAUUAAUGAAGAAAAUUUAAAUUUAAACACCUUCACCUGUUUCCUCUUUGUCUGAAUUAGGAUUUAAUCUGUUUAGUCUUUGCAGGAUUACUUUAAAAAUAUCAAAUAGAAUUAUCCUGAUCACAGCUGAAAGGGUUUAAAUUAGUAUCACUAAACCAAAUAAUCUGGUUUAUUCUGUCUAUGGAUUAAAUAACUCACGAAUGUAAAACGUUUUUAACAGGAACAAGUUGAGAUUGAGGAUACAAGUUUGUUUAUGUUGGGAUUUGUUGAAGAUCAGAUUAAAACCGUGCUAUUGUUGGUUUCAGAUUUUAAUCUGACUUCUCAUCUCGAGUUUUCUUUUGAUUUCUCUUCGACUCAAUCCAGUCUGUUGGGAUUAAACCUCUCCGCUGCUCUGGGAAACUUUCAGAUGUUCUCUGAUUCUGGUGGAAGCUGGAGGGACUUGUUGAUGUUACAGUUGCAUCCUAAAAAUGCUGGUUUUAUUUCUGAUGUCGUAAUGGGUCAGAGUUCACAGCUGCGUUGCACUACAUGUAAAUAUUUCACUUUGGCCGCCCGACUCGGUGUUCUCGGCACAUUUCAGAUGCGUUUGUGUUUUUUUCCUCAUUCAUCUUGAUGACUGUUAGUUUUGUAAAACUUCUCACAUCAGCCUUUGUCAUGUUCAGUUUUAAUUAUAUCAAAUAAUAAAACUUUAUUUCACACAGUAAAAGCAGCCAGCUCAAACGUUUUACUUGUGAGCUGAAAAGCUGCCGUUUCUCCGUUUUUAUUCAUCCAGUUGCAACAUUUUCAUUUUAUUUAUUUUAUUUUGUUUUUUUAUUUGCAUGGAAAGUAGGUGUGCAUUUCUUUUUGUUUUUCCUCAUAAAAAGAAAAAUUAUGCACUCAUCCAUGUAAUGCAAUAUGACAAUGUGUUUUUUUAAUGAAAGUUUUGAGGCUGUUUUUCAGCUGGAGAGAAAAAAAAAGAGUAAAUACGUUUAGACUACUGUAACUCUCUUUUCACGUGUCUGAGCAGAACCUCCCUGAACCGUCUACAGGUGGUUCAGAAUGCCUGUGCUCGGCUUCUGACCAAGUCCUCCAAACACACCCACAUCACCCCGCUUCUCCUCCAGCUUCAUUGGCUACCAGUCAACUUCAGGGUUAAUUUCAAGAUCCUGGUUCUGGUCUAUAGGGCCUUACAUGGACAAGCACCAUCUUACAUUGGUGAUCUUCUUAGUCCCUACACCCCCCAGCAGGUCCCUGAGGUCCAGUGACCAAAGCCUACUGGUUGUGCAGCACCAGGCUAAGCUGGCAUUUGUAUGACCUUCUUCACCACUCUAUUCUGCUCUCCCCACCUAUUCCACCUUCCUCAGGAUCCACUGAUUUCCCUCUUUCCUAUUCACUCUCUGUCUUUACAUUUUUAAUCACAGUUGUCUAUUUGUUGCUCAUUUUAAAUAUAUUUUUAACCAUUUUCUAAAUUCUUUUUCAUAUUUUUACAUUUUUUUGUUUUUGUGAAGCGCCUCGUGAUUUUUAUCUUGAGAGGCGCUAUAGAAAUGAUACUUUCUUCUAAAUCAAUCGGAUCCCAAAUCUGGACUGUACCUGCUCUUUUUCCAGGGUAUUUUUGUAAAUAUUACCGUGAUUAUUACACAAGUCCUGCUUGUACUUAAAAGUACAAACACCAGGAAUGAAAUCUGUGCGACUUGUUUCCACUUCCUGUAGGUCAUGAUCUGUCCACAUGUAAACUUGUCAUUACCAAGGCGACGUUUUUAAGCUCCCACUUAGUUUUUUUUUUUUGGAUACUUUAGCUAGCAAUAUGUAUAUAAAUAUAUUAUAUGUGCUAACAUGGAGAAAAUAAAUGUAUCAACCAGUCUGUGGA